GCGGCCGCAACGCCAUGUUGGCGAAGUCUCUCAUCUCUGUGAGAAAAAUGAUAGAAACAACAUUUAUUGAGAGGAAGAGGUAAAUCGCCGUGGGACUCUGAAGAUCGCGGCGAUUAUUUCUUUUAAAAGAAACGAACCGAACCGGAUCCGCUGAGGUUCCGGACGGGCGAGGGAGGCUAACCUCCCGCCGUCCCCAUGAAUAGCACCGCUGAUCCGAACAGCGACUUUUCAUGAAAAAGAACGUUUGUGUUGCUAUUUGAGCUUCGUUAUCCCAGUUCGUUAAAGGGAUUUGGGGCCUUCAAUAUUUUUGCUACGGUUGCUCAAUGCAUGCAAGCUAGGCGUUGUUUAUAACAGUAUUUAUUUGUGGGUAUUAUUUUAUUUGUUGCGAUGAGUUUGCAACCGAAAGUGGUCUCCAAGCCCACCGCUGUCGCAGUUAGCGGACCUGGAAGUGGCCCCUCUCCGUCGAACCAACAACGGGCUUCCCUGCCGCCGGGAGCUCCAGCCGCUCCACAGCCCGCUGCUGUCCCGCCGCCGCAAAUCCCACGAGUGCAGCCUUCUCUGGACGAGCGAAUCUUUCCCACACAGCCGGCAGUGGCAGUCUACAGCUAUUCUGUAAUGCAGGUAGCCAGGCAGGUUGGCCCUCCCUACACUGCACACGACAUCACAAAGGGACAUCCAAACUUGGCGGGCACACCGCCGGGUCAUGCCCACUCACCUGCUCUCUCUCAGCCUCCGUACAACCCUGGACAGAAUGCUGGCUCUGCUGCCAUUGUGUAUUCUCCACAGACUCAGACAAUGAGUGCACAACAACAAAGUCGCCCCUUUGCCACGGGCCCUCGACCAACCCACCAUCAGUUUUUCCCGAGGGCUCAGAUGCAGAGCACACGGCCAACCAUACCUACAAAUACACCCUCAAUACGGCCCAGCUCACAAACCCCCACUGCUGUGUAUCCCACCAAUCAGCCCAUCAUGAUGACCAUGCCACCUAUGCCUUUCCCUUCACCACAAGCUCCACAGUACUACAUCCCACAGUAUCGCCCCAGUACGCCUUAUGUGGGACCUCAGCAGUAUUCUGUACCGCCUCCGGGGUCCGGCACGUUUUAUCCUGGUCCUGGGCCAGGGGAGUACCCUGCCCCAUACCAUCCCCUCAGGUAUCAUCCUCCUGUUUCACCCUCUGUCCCUGCUCCUGUGCCCUCUGCGGGGUCCCCCUAUUACCCAGGCCAGACUGUAUACCCCCCUUCGCCCCCCAUUAUAGUGCCUACACCACAGCAACCUCCACCAGCUAAGCGAGAGAAGAAAACAAUCCGUAUCCGCGACCCCAAUCAGGGUGGCAGGGACAUCACAGAGGAGAUCAUGGCAGGAGGCUCGGGAAGCAGGAAUUCAACGCCUCCAGUCGGUCCACCCUCUUCCACCCCAACCCCUCCACAGCAGCAGCCGAGUAACAGCCAGACUCCAGAGCAGCAGUCGCAGCCUUCACAGCCGCAGCAGGCCCAUUCUGGAGGCUUCACGCAGGACUCUCCACAUCUACCAUCGCCACCAACACCUCUGGCUUCUGGAGCUUCAGACGUUAAAACAAGCCCAGAUGGUACGUCAAAGCUGGAGCCAGUUGUUCUGAAGUCUUCCUCGCCGGUGCAUGUCUCGUCUGAAGCCUCCGUUGAAGCCAAUGCUCCUUUACCUGGACACGGGUCUACAGUGCCAGUCGAGCUUUCAUUCACUGCACCUGUGUCCACUGUCCCACUCACAGCCUCUCACAGUAAUGACCGGCUCUCUGCCUCACCCUCACCCUUGGGUACUGAACCCAGACACACCACUAAUACAGACAAACCCAUUUCAGACCCCCCACGAACUCUGACGCCCUCUCCAGCCCCACUUCCUAAAACUUUAAAUGGCCUUACUGACCCUGUGGCUGAGCUGGACAUGCCAGCCCAUGAACCUGUGCUAUCUUCGGCCCUCUCACCUCAGCUCUCAGCCCCAGUCUUUAGAGAGGCCUCCUCCGAAGCUCUCCCGCCUGAUGUAAGGCCUGAGGUGCCCAUUGCGGCUGCUGUGCUGUCCCCUGUGGCACCAGUGUCUGUUGUACCAGUCACGGUCACCUCCAGCCCCAUCCCUGUACUACCCAUGAUGCUCCCCCCGGGCCUACCGCCUCUAGUGCAGGCCACGACAGAGGCAGAUGGGCCCCGCCAGCCUUUGGACUCUAAAGACAUGACCCCUCGAGUGGGUACAGAGGCUCGCAAUAGUAUUUCAGACAACAAAACUGAGUCUCAGCCACAAGCUAACACCAGGACAAGCCCCAUAACAGUUAAUCAGACUGCUUCUACUAUACCAAAGACCUGGAGGAAACCAAAUGAAGGCAUCUCUACAGCAGCAGAGACACCUGAAAAGGAAGAGGAAGAUGAAGCCUGUCCAACAGAUGAGUCUAUUGGUGAACAGAGCCGGCAGUCUGAUGCAUUGAGCAGCAGCCCUGUGCACGUACCAUCAGUCUUUGCCUCUGCCCCCUCGGCCUGCAGCCCAGACCUUGAUGGAAAGCCCGCUGGUCCAGAGGAGAACGGUGAUGCUGAAAUUGAGCCAAUGAGGAAUGGAGCAGGACACAUAUCUGAGACCGAGAGCAGCGACAGUGGAAUGACACCUGGAGAAAAGGAGAGCUCAACUGGGGCUCCUCCAGACAUAGAAGACCUGACUGAGCCCACUGGAAAGAAACAGUAUGACAGAGAUUUCCUAUUAAGCUUCCAGUUUAUGCCAGCAUGUAUACAGAAACCUGAGGGCCUACCACCAAUCAGUGAUGUUGUUCUCGACAAGAUGAACCAAAAUAAGAUGCCAACGCGAGUGGUGGAUUCCAGGGUGAUUUCCAGAGGACCAGAUUUUACACCUGCCUUUGCAGACUUUGGCAGACAGAUGAGUGGGGGCCGUGGGGCUGCUCUCAUGAACAUAAGCUCCCGGCGGCCCCCUCCCAGAAAGAUCAUCAUGAAUGUGUCAGUGAAUGAUGAUGUACAGCUGAAAAAGGCUGAGAAUGCCUGGAAACCUGGUUUGAAGAGAGAGGGUCCCCCAGAGGAUCCAGAUACACUUAAAACACAGGAGCUCUUUAGGAAGGUUCGCAGCAUCCUGAACAAAUUGACACCUCAGAAGUUCAAUCAGCUGAUGAAGCAGGUAACAGACCUGACCAUCGACACUGAGGAGAGGCUUAAAGGGGUCAUUGACCUGGUCUUUGAGAAGGCUAUAGAUGAGCCCAGCUUCUCCGUCGCCUAUGGAAACAUGUGCCGCUGCCUGGCCAUGCUCAGAGUACCCACGGACAAACCCAACGCUACAGUGAACUUUCGCAAACUCCUUCUUAAUCGAUGCCAGAAGGAGUUUGAGAAAGACAAAGUUGAUGAUGUGGUGUUUGAAAGGAAGCAGAAAGAGCUGGACUCUGCUGCAUCAACAACAGAGCGUGAGAGGCUACGAGAAGAGUUAGAGGAAGCUAAGGACAAAGCUCGGCGGCGCUCCAUCGGUAAUAUUAAAUUUAUAGGGGAGCUUUUUAAACUCAAGAUGUUGACAGAGGCCAUUAUGCACGACUGCGUGGUUAAGCUGCUCAAGAACCACGAUGAGGAGUCCCUGGAGUGCCUCUGCAGGUUACUCACCACGAUUGGAAAGGACUUGGAUUUUGAAAAGGCCAAGCCUCGAAUGGAUCAGUAUUUCAAUCAGAUGGAAAAAAUAGUAAAAGAAAGGAAGACUUCAUCUAGAAUACGGUUUAUGCUUCAGGACGUUAUAGACCUGAGAUUGCACAACUGGGUGUCCAGGAGAGCUGACCAGGGCCCCAAAACCAUUGAGCAAAUUCACAAAGAAGCCAAAAUUGAGGAGCAGGAGGAACAGAGGAAAGUACAUCAGCAACUGCUUUCCAAGGACAGUAAGCGACGUACAGAUCCAAGAGAACAGCGGGAACAGCGCAUGCAGCGAGACGAGACCUGGAACACUGUGCCCAUGACAAAGAACAGCAGGACUAUUGACCCUGCCAAGAUCCCAAAGAUCUCCAAGCCACAGAUGGAUGAAAAAAUACAGCUAGGGCCACGAGCUCAAGUCACAUGGGUAAAAGGCAGCAGUGGAGGUGCCAAGGCCAGUGAUUCAGAAAUGUCACGCACAUCUAGCACUAGCCUCAAUCGUUACUCCGCUCUGCAGCCUACACCCACAGCCCAGCCCUCCACCACACCACCCCAGAACCAAGACUUUGAUUCCAGACGAUCUAUAGGAAGUCGAAGCAGCACAGGGCGAGAGCGUAAUGACAAGCCUCUGAUGGCCAGCUCAUCAUCGCGGUCCAGUCUGUUUGUCCGAAGAGGCAGCUCCAAAGAGCUGCAGGACACCCAGAUCUCAGAGGAGCCUCGGAGAGACCGGGACAGAGAGGGGGCAGAGCCCAGGAGACCCAGUGUGACGGAGGACAAAUCCGAAGUGGAACGCAACCGAAUCAGGGAUCCUGUUAAACCUGAAUCUGUGAUACUGACGCCAGAGCGGACUGGCUUAUCUGAGGAAGAAGUUGAAAGAAAAUCCAAAUCCAUUAUUGAUGAGUUUCUGCACAUUAAUGACUACAAGGAGGCAGUCCAGUGUGUGGAUGAACUGGGCUCUCAGCUGCACAUCUUUGUCCGUGUUGGGGUUGAGUCGACUCUGGAGCGGAGUCAGAUCACACGGGACCACAUGGGGCUGCUCUUCUUCCAACUUGUACAUCAGGGAAUCCUGCCCAAAUCUGAGUUCUAUAAAGGAUUUUCAGACACACUGGAGCAGGCAGAUGACAUGGCCAUUGACAUUCCCCACAUUUGGCUGUAUCUUGCCGAAUUGCUCUGCCCAAUGCUAAAAGAUGGAGGCUUCUCUAUGAGAGAGCUCUUUAGUGAAUUAAGCAAACCUUUGCUUCCUGUGGGAAGAGCUGGGAUCCUAAUUUCUGAAAUACUGCACUUACUAUGCAAACAAAUGAGCCAUAGGUCGGUGGGGUCCUUGUGGAGGGAAUCUGGUUUGAACUGGGCGGACUUUCUACCAGAAGGAGAGGAUGUUCAAUCAUUUAUCUCACACCAGAAACUCCAGUUUGUUAUGUCAGACACGUCUCUCCCUGAGUCCGCCUUAUCAAAAAGGAUAUUUUCUCCAGAGGAAUUGAACCGACAGUUGGAGAAACUGCUGUUGGAGGAUAUGGCCAGUGACGAGCAGAUCUUUGAUUGGGUUGAGGCUAACCUGGAUGAAUCUCAGAUGAGCUCGUCUCCCUUCCUGAGGGCCUUAAUGACGGCUGUGUGUAAAGCAGCGGUCAAAGAUGAGAACACUAACUGUCGUGUAGACACAGACACCAUCCAGAGGAGACUUCCUGUUUUACUUAAGUACCUUAACUCAGACACUGAGCGACAGCUUCAAGCACUUUAUGCACUUCAGGCACUGAUCGUGUCUCUCGAUCAGCCACCAAAUCUCCUGCGGAUGUUCUUUGACUGUCUGUAUGAUGAGGAUGUCAUCUCAGAGGAUGCGUUUUAUAAGUGGGAGUCAAGUAAAGACCCUGCGGAGCAGCAGGGCAAAGGAGUGGCCCUCAAAUCUGUGACUGCAUUUUUUACCUGGUUACGGGAAGCCGAAGAAGAGUCGGAAGACAAUUGACAAGAGGCAACCCUGGACUUGGAAAUAGUCAAACUUAAUUGUUUCAACAGAACAAACUAAAUUCAAAAUGGGUGUAUGAGCAGGACAAUGCGUUUACGGCUGGAAUUUUUUUUCUGCGGUACGGUUCUGAGACAUGCCGCCAUUUUGAGUUUGGAUUCGUAAAGUGGAAGCACUAAAUACUUGUAUUAUACAUAGAAAAUAUUUUUGUUUUAAAUUUUAACUUUUGUUUUAUUACUUUUUAAGAAAGACUUAAAUACAUAGGUCCUGGACUCUUUAAUUUAUUAUUUUUUUAAGGACUGCAAAUAUGAAAGUUAUUUAACAUUUGCAGAUGUUCAAAGGAGAAUCUGAAAACAGAAAUAAUAUUAAUUCUAGUAACAAAAUAAUAAUUGUGAUAUAAAUGGCUUCCCUGGACUCCACACUGUUUGAUUUAAAACAGAAUAAACCAAAGUAAUUUGGGGAUUACGGGGAAGCAUAAAUGAAAUACAAGGAACUUUAACAUGCCUGAAUGGCACUUGGGGUUGUCUCCAGAGUGCUUUCUCAGUCCUGACUUGCUUUAUGUGAAAUGCACAUAAACCUCUUGAGAGGUGAAGGUGUGCAUUGAAGAAGUGGAGCAAGUCAGCCAACAGAACGGUCACCCUCCAGAUGGACAAACUGGAUACAUGAAAUGAGUGACAUGCAACAUUUAAAUCACAUUGCCAGGGUUACUGAACAUAUGCUUAUAAUACAUAAGAGCAAAUGAAAAGCUUGUAAAUAAAGACUAAAAAUCUAUUUGCUAA